AUGAGAGGUAAGGGUGUCUCAUUCUCUCCGUCUGUGAAUAAUAAUUUCUUGGAAAGAACAGAUGAAGCUCAAACUGAGCUUGAAGUAACAUACAACAAAGUUUGUCAAGUGAUCACAGCCAAGCAAGUAAAUAGCUUGCCUCUAAAAGAGAAGCUAACUGCAAGUAAGCUGAGCAUCAAGUAUGCAAUGCUUCACAAGAUAGGAGCAGCUAAUUGGGUGCCAACAAAUCACAAGUCCACUAUUUCAACUGUACUUGGGAGAUUUAUAUAUGUUGUAGGGACAAAGGCAAAAUUUGAUUAUGGAACAUAUAACUUUGACCAAACCAUGAAGCAUGAUGGAAGCUUCAGUAUUAAGGGUCCAAUUGCGUUUCCAUCCCUCCUGUGUGGUAUAAUUUUGGAUCAGUAUCCAUACAUUCUCAAUGAACAGGAUGUAGUGUGCAAGAGAGAAAGUCCCUUGGCCUUCCAUUAUAAACUGUUUCAGGGUAAACAUGUUCCAGACGUUGUCAUAACAUCAGCUGAAACUUUCAAAUUUGGAACAUCAACCAGCAAAGCAGAAGUCAUAGCAAUGCUAAAAGAGACUUGCAAAGAGCUGGAAUCUAGAAAGACGUCUCUUGAAAAAAUGAUACGUACUCUGGAAAUGGAUGAGAAUGAGGAAUUUGCAGAUACUAAAGAAGUGGAAGAAGAAAAUGCUAGUCCUGCUGAUGGCUCUGAGAAAGAAAGUUCUUCAGACACCUCAAGUGGGUCUGAAUCUGGGCAGUAA